AUGUCAGUCUCGUCUCGGGCCUCGAGCAUCAUCUCGAGGACCGCUGCUUCUCUCAAAAAAGUCGCCAAAACUGUUCAGCGGAAGGCUAAGGUGAUCGUACAAUCGAAGUCGAGCGGCAGCAAGAAUGGUUCCAAAGCUCCUCAUAACACCGAUGUGGGUAAAGAUUCAGGCAACAACGAGCCUAACACCAGCAAAUGGUCCUCCGGUUAUUAUCAAUUCUACCACCCAAAUCCGAAGGUGCUGGAGGACAAAGACGGACGUCAAUAUCAGGAGUUUCGCUGUGCUGCAAAGCCCAGAUGCAAGAGCAAAGGUGCAUUUCAAAGGAAUCAAGCGCUACCAGACGCGCGAAGAUGGCCAGCCGUCCAAAGACCGCUCAUCGACUUCGAAUUUGAAGAGGCAUGCUGAGAAGUGCUGGGGGGUGGACUUGGUGCGGGAGCGGGUCGAGGGAGUGAAGCAGAAGGGGCCGCGAGACGGGGACAUAUUUGCAGCUUGGGCUGGAGCUUCACAACGCCCAGUCAAAGUCUCGCAUCGGAUGCACACCGAGCCUGAGUUUCGGUGCGGGCAUUUUGCUUGAUUGAUUCUCAAUUUCUCAUCCUAUGCUUGCGCAGCUGCCAUGUCGUUCGCUGGUUGGCCGAAGCGUCUCGCUCGUUCAGGACUAUCGAAGAUCGCGAGUUGAAAGAGAUUCUCUCGGCCGGACGUCCUGAAUUCAGCCCACCAAGCCGUUUUACGGUUGCUCGUGAUCUACAGGCUGCUUUCGAACGCUGCUCAGCUCACAUCAAGAAUCUUCUGGAGGUUUGUCUUAUUUCGUCCUCAAAUGCGAGCUUAUACUUCUCCAGAACUAUCCUGGUCGCCUCAGCUUUGCUACCGACGCGUGGACAUCACCCAACCACCGUGCAUUUGUUGCAUGGACGGUACAUCUUCAGCACGAAGGCCAUCCACUGGUCUUUCUCUUGGACAUCUACGAGGUCCCAAAGGUGUGUGCAUGUGUCUGUGCUUCCUUUACAAUGCUGACUAUCCGGUGUAGUCUCACAGUGGCGAAACGCUCGCCGCUGAAUUCAACGAAAUGUUACACCGAUUCAACCUUCAAGCUAAGGUGUGUAUAAUCCUUCUCAGCGAUGAGUAAACACUGAUAUCUUCAGAUCCUCGCUUGGGCGGGUGACAACGCAACCUCGAACGACACGCAGAACACCGCACUCGCCGAAAACGUGAACAAUGUAUUCGAUGCAGCCAACCGCGUUCGUUGUUUCAACCAUACGCUCAAUCUUGCUGCGAAGGCCUUUCUUCGACCUUUUCAACCGCCCGAGAAGAAGAAGCGGAAAGAUGGAGAGGAAGACAAGGGUGAGGAUGGCGAUGGCGAUGGCGAUGAGGCACCAGAGUUGGAACUGGAGGAUGACGAGACAGAUUCGCUAUCUGACUUGGCCGAGGUCGACGAUGGUGAGCUCCUCGAUCCUCCUUGACCAAGCUAACACUGCUAUAGACGGGCUUGACGAUAGUGAAAACGAACCAGACGUGUUCGACACUCUAUCACCGGAAGAGCAGGAGGAAUACAAGGUGGCUACAAAGGAGAUUCGAACGCUUAUAAGCAGGGUGUGUCCAUUGUCAUAAUCCUCUCCACCCAUACUGAAUGCGGCCUAGAUUCGCAAGCUUGCCUUCGCUAUUAUCAACUCAACCACGAUCGCUUUACCUGCCUGGAGGAACGAAUGCAACAAGCACAAUGUUCGCGUCCGCCUCAUCCCCCGCGACGUGCGCACACGAUGGAACUCCACCUAUGAUAUGCUGUUAUUCGUCAUCAAGUACAAGUCGGUCAUUAAUGACAUUACGGCCAAUCGAAACCUCAGCCUACGCCAAUACGAUGUUACAGAUGACGAGUGGAAGAUCCUGGACGAGAUGGCAUAUGUCCUCAAGGUAAAUAUCAUGUUCUAUCCACGCUGCUUCGCUGACAUUACCUAGACGUUCAAAGAUGCAACAAUCCUCUUCUCGUCCGACAGGAAGAGCCACAUUGCCGAUGUCAUUCCCACCAUGGACAAGAUCGACGACCUCAUCACAACGACCGUUCUCCCAUCGCGCUCAGCCACUGCCGCCCGUUCGCAAAUGGUCGUCCGCUUGCCAAUCCGCAAAGCGCUCCAUCUUGCCAAAGCAACCCUCAACAAGUAUUACUCGCAUACUGACGCGUCAAACGUCUAUCGCAUCGCAAUGAGUACGCACUCUGUCUGUUCCCAUCUAUCUGUAGCUGAUUUCCAUUAGUCCUUCAUCCACAAUUGAAGCUGCAUUACUUCAAGUCUCGAAAGUGGGAGCAGUCGUGGAUCGAUACAGCACAGGAGCUGGCUGAGGAGGAGUUUCGGAGCUAUGAGAGGGCCGAGAGGGAGAGGGACACGGACAUUGAGAUACUGGGUGGCGACGACACACUAAGCAGUGAUGCGGUACGUCUUUCGUUCUCAUUGAUCUACAGUAACCUACUUUUGCUUCCAGGCGAGCAUGUCUUCGAGCGCAGCUGCGAUGGAAGAGGUGGAGGAAGAGUUUCUGAAUUACAACUUCGGGACAGACGAGGACAAGAGCGAGUUGGACUUGUACCUUGCUCAGGCGCCAGACCCCAAGGCUGGUGAUCCGAUGGUCUGGUGGUGGGAGCGCCGCCACAUCUGGCCUGUCCUCUCCAAGAUGGCGCUGGAUUAUCUAAGUAUACCUGGUGCGUUGUUAUAUCAUCUUUUAACAAUUUCUGAUCUUUUUUCCAGCCACGUCGACAGCCGUCGAGCGUGUCUUCUCCCAAGGUCGACACUUACUUGUAUAUACACGCAAUCGGCUGACAGGCGCUUCUAUUCGGAAGUGCCUCUGCUUCGGGAGCUGGAGCCGCAACGACAUCGUCCGCAAUCAAGAUAUCAUCGACGCCAUCAAGGUCAAUAUGGGACAACGGGCAAAUAUUAG